AUGGAGAGGUCUCCGCCAAGAGCAGCAGCUGAGGAAGGGAAAACAGGAAACUGCUCAAAGUGGGGAGGAAAGAGGAAUGUGGCUGGGCGCUGCCGCUUCCCCGGCGGACCCCGUCCCAGAACUGCCGAGUUAACGGCUCGUCCGGCCUUUCUGUUCCAGGGUGGGCCGGUGGAGAUCCUGCCGUUCCUCUACUUGGGCAGCGCUUACCAUGCCUCCCGGAAAGACAUGCUGGAUGCUUUGGGGAUCACGGCGUUAAUCAAUGUCUCGGCGAACUGCCCCAACCACUUUGAAGGGCACUACCAGUAUAAAAGCAUCCCCGUGGAGGACAACCACAAGGCAGAUAUCAGCUCCUGGUUUAACGAGGCGAUUGAUUUCAUAGACUCUGUUAAAAACGAUGGAGGAAGGGUCUUUGUGCACUGCCAGGCUGGCAUUUCCCGGUCAGCAACCAUCUGCCUUGCUUAUCUCAUGAGGACCAACAGAGUCAAACUGGAUGAAGCCUUUGAGUUUGUGAAGCAGAGAAGAAGCAUCAUCUCCCCAAACUUCAGCUUCAUGGGGCAGCUGCUUCAGUUUGAGUCGCAGGUCCUUGCCCCCAAUUGCUCAGCAGAAGCUGGUAGCCCUGCCAUGUCAGUAUUGGACCGAGGAGCAUCGACCACCACUGUCUUUAAUUUUCCAGUCUCCAUCCCUGUUCAUACCUCAUCCAGUGCUUUAAGCUAUCUUCAGAGCCCCAUUACCACUUCCCCAAGUUGCUGAGAAGCAGGUGAAAAUACAGUCAGAACUCAGACUUACUGUCUCGGAAGUGCAAUAACUAUGGGGACAGUGUCAUCAGUCAUUUGUGUUUUGGGGGGAACCAUCCAAGCACCACAGAACAGUCUCGUAAACAGAGAGGAGCUCACCCAAUGCUGGACAACUAGGUGUUACUUUUCUGGUGACUUUUGAAGCCAAUAUCUGGAUGUCUACAGAGACCCAAGGACACUCUUCUUGAGCUGUUACUUCUUGUCUUCUGUCUGUCCUAAGCCUGCUCCAUGUUUAGUAGCAUGCUCACCAGUAUUCUCAUUCCUGGACACUCUGAACAACAUUGAUGCUGUCCCCUUUUAUAUGAUGGUCCUAUUUAUUUAUUUUUCCAUUAGUACAUUGUUUUUUGCCUUCACAAACCUAAAGUUUCAUUUCUAGAGAAACCAAAUACCUCAGUAUUUUUUUUUUGGUACUGUAAUCCUGUGUGUACAUAUGUCAGCUCUUCUUGUUCCCAAGCACUGACGUGAAAGCACCAGGCAAGUGCUUUUUUGAGUUGCCAAGGGUUGUAUGUUUGCUGAUUUAUUUAUGAUGUGAAAUAAUAUAUUUCUUCUUAUGAAGACAUAGUUUUGUUACAUGAUUAUAACUUUUUUAUACAAACAGAAUAAAUUAUGAUCUUUCUAUUGAGCUGGAUGAUACAUUCUUUGAAAUC